AUGGACCGCUUACGCCGUCUCCUUGGCACCAUAGCCGCUCGGUUCGCCAACCGCCGCUAUGUCUUCGCAGUCGCUGUAGUCAGCGUCGUCGCCGCCAAGGCCGUACAUAUCGACGCCCAUCUCAAAGCGCUCUCCCCGACCGACAUGGUGCAAUGGGGCCCAUCCUUCUUCUUCCAGGACAGUAUACUGCUCCUGGCAAUUCGCGCCAUGCUCUUUGCCCAAGGUCCCUGGGCCGCCGCCAUCGGAACCACGCUCUCUUCCAUCCUCGUCCUCGUCUGCCUCGCCCUCGCCUCCAUCAACAUCUCCUUCUUCGCCGUCGCUGGCAACGAACUACAUUGGCGCAAUGUUGCUCUCGCCGGUGACUCCUCUUCUUGGAGUACCCUCCUCACCGGCCUCUUCUCCCUUGGUGUCACCCUCACAGCAAUCCUCCUCGCAAGCUGGCUCUUGCAAGAUAUCUGCUACAUCGUCGCCACUAUUGCACUCGAUAUUCUCAAGUUUCCCUUCACCUUCGUUUACUCGCGCCUCAUAGGCAAUCGUCGCCGUUCAUCUGCCACUCAAUAUACAAAUGUGCCCCAAAACGACGCCGAAAACGCCCUCGAGCAUCGCUAUACCGACGACGAGAUCGAUCCCUCCUCCGAGCCCAAGAUGACCCAGCCUCCCCGACGCCGCAGUACUCUCUUUGGUAUCGCCCUCAACCUCGGCAUUGGCUUCGGUCUGCUCGCCCAGCUUGUUUCCUACGUCGCCCGUCCUGACCAAACCUCGGUCACUUUCAUGUCGUGGACCCUACCCCUUGUUCCCUUCAUGGACUUUGCUCAUGCCGCCCCAAACCUAGCCAACCUGCUCACAUACCAUGGUCAGAAUUUCCAUUUUGACAACCUGACAGCUCUGACCCACCCCGUUCCUCUCCCCUGGCUCCCCAAGGACGUCAAGCUGCCCGGGUUUGAGGACUGGCAUGAUCACAGGGAACACUACAACGCCGAGGCCGACCCCAUCAAAAUAUCUAAUCUCAAGGAUCCCCUUCUCGAACCACUCCACGGCGUUCUUAAGGACGUUUCCAUCCGCAACAUUAUCCUCAUCAAGCUUGAGAGCACUCGCAAGGAUGUGUUUCCUAUCAAAAAGGGCGGCUUCAUCUGGAACAAGUUUGAAAAGUCGUUUGAGAACGGCACACUGCCCGAAGCAGCCCAGCAGCGCCUCGCUACCUUGACUCCGAAUGCCAACUACAUCACUGGUGACUACGAUGACGGCUUCGACCACGACGAGCGACGUCGCCGUGGCGGCAUCAACGCCAACAACUGCCACACCACCGGCACAUACACCCUCAAGAGUCUGCCCGGCACACUCUGCGGCAUUACCCCUCUAGUAGCCGACAUGAACCAAGAAUACCAAAGUCACGUCUACCAACCCUGUCUCGCCCAGAUCUUUGAUGCCUUCAACGCCAUUGACCAUUCGUCAGACCGCAAAAGUGACGGUUUCAAGUCGUACAAGUGGAAUUCCAUGUUCAUGCAGUCUGUCACCCACUCUUUUGACAAGCAGGACAAGCUCAUGCCCGUCAUGGGCUAUCCAGACGGCCGCUUCAUCGACUCCGAAUACCUGCGUUCCGACAAUGCGAAAUUUGGCAAGAGCGAUAUCGAAGACAUCAACUACUACGGCAUGCCAGAAAACGCCAUUGCAGAGUACGUCAAGGAUGCCUUUGCUUCGGCCAAGAAGAACAACGAGCGCGUCUUCCUCACUCACCUCACGUCUACCUCUCACCAUCCCUUCGCACUCCCCAAGGGUGAGCCCUACGUCAGUCUCAGCGAAGAUUCCGGCCUGCAAGACCUUUCGGGGUACACCAACGCCGCCGGCUUUGUCGACCGCUGGCUGGGGCAGAUUUUUGACAUUCUGGAAGAGACUGGUGCCGCCAACGAGACCUUGAUUGUCUAUGUUGGUGACCACGGGCUGUCUAUUGCUGAAAACGCCGCCGUCACGCCCUACUACCAGCCCAACAUCGGCAACUUCCACGUUCCACUUGUCCUCUCGCACCCGUCUUUGCCACCUAUUGAUGUCAAUGACGUUGCCAAUUCGAACAUGAUUCUCCCCACAAUCCUCGAUCUUCUGAUCGAAACCGGUUCUCUUGGUGCCAGCGACACCAAGGCUGCGCGGGACUUGGUCAAGAACUAUGAGGGCCAAUCGCUGAUUCGUCCUCUACGCAGCCAUGGUGAGCCCGCCGAUGUGGGAGGCUGGCAAUUCACCGUCAUGAACCCGGGUCGCGCAACGCUCUCGGUGCGCGAUGCUCGCCAUCCAGACUGGCGCGUCGUCGUCCCGAUUGUCGCGGACAUUGAGUGGCGCUUCACCAACACAAAAGAGGACAAGCACGAGGAUGAGCCGAUUGUGGAUUUUGGCUAUCCAGAAUUCUUGAAAAAGGUGCAAGAUGCCUUUGGCGAGGAUGUUGCCAUGUGGGUUGAAGAAGCAGCUUUUGUUUCUCGUUGGUGGGUGGACGAUAAUGCUCGGCGCUGGCGCUACGACGCGUCCUGA